AUGGAGAGAAGCAGACUUUUUAUUUUCACCUUACUGGCCCUGACUUUCUGUAAGUAUCUCAUAACAGCAUGAAUAACGUUUCUCAAAGGCGUUCAGGUUAAUUAAUAGAGACGCCAUAGGGUGCGUAUUUAUGCCACGUCUAGCCUAGGCGCCAGCUAGUUUUCUCUUUGGUUAGUUUUGAAAGAGCGCGCGAGGGAAACACGCGACGGAGAGAGGGGUACUAGUCUCUUAUCCUUUGCGUUAUUUUCUUCACUUAUAUGUGUUGUCCGUGACUGUGCUUACAUUGUGGGUGGCUCUACCUAAAAUGUUCCCGAAACCAAUUGUGGAAUUGCACACAUUUUAGGCAUCCUACUGAUGAACAGUUACGACACGUAGUUAGCAACUACUAUAAUUUGCAGUCUGUCCACGUUGAAUCCUUUUCUCCGCUCGUGUUGUGCGCUCGCGUCCUCGAAAUCUCCCUUUGCCCUAAAAAACCGGCGCGUCCUGCAAAGGCCGUAGCCUGCUCCUCGCCGCUAGAUAUAGAGACAUCCCUACCGGCUAGCCACGUCAGAAGAAAUUAGAACGCUGUUUCUGAGCGCCAAAAAACCCGCGCAAGACGGUUCCAGCACGGAGGCCAUUUUGUUUUAAUCUUAGCUAAACUUUUCAAUCCAAGUCCUCAGCCGCUCGCCCUUCCUGAUGGGGGACAGUAAAAACAGAUAAUGAGUUAAUGUUCAUAUCUCUUGCAGAUGUCUUAAUUGGAUCACAGCGAGUUCAGGCGCAAGGUAAUAAUAUACAUAUUGACCCGGGGUUAAAGAUGCAAGGCGGGUAGAGAUGUGCCUCCCAUGUCUUCCAACCCUGACCCUGUUUACUACGCUUUUCACAAACAUGCGAACUCUAAAGUUCAAAAGCCGCCUUCACAAUUGCGUUUUUCGCAGCCGUCAAUCAUAAUUACGAUCACAAGCAACGAACCUUGAAACACAGAAACACACAAAACGGAUCGAAAUCCACUAAUCACAAAUCACAAACCAUGACCUUUUAAACCCGUUAAAGUAAAGUUUUGUUUCCUAAGAGGUCCGUUAAGAUGAUUGACGGCAGCGAAAAACGCAAUCGUCAGUUGGCUUUUGAACUUCAGAAUUCGCAUGUUUGUGAAAAGUGCAGUAAGACAGAAAUAGUCCAUUUCGCUACCCUUUAAGACAUGAAACCUUAUUUUACGGAAUUAAUAAAACAGUAAACCUCUAUAUCCUUACGGCAAGAACAGUGAGUGAAAAAAUGUAAGGAGAGAAAACAAAAAUCAAAUGGUGAAUUAUAUUUACCCAAUAUUUCGGUUUGCAACACAAUACAUAAAUAAUUUUUGAAAGUAACAUCAUGGAAAUGCCAAAUGGAUUUUUUGGAAAGAUAUUGUUGGUAUCACAUGUGCAGACCGCUCAUCCCCAAUCCUUCACACUGUUUUAAAUGCUUCCGGCCGAAAAAGACACUCUUUUUAAUGUGAAAUUGUAUACCCUGUUUAAGACUCAAGACCCUAAAAACGCAGCACUUAUCCCUUUAGGCUGAAUAAUGGAGUACCCUCGAGAUAUUUACACUUCUUAGUUUUAAAAUCGACAAAAAUCCGAAGAGUUAUUUCAUCCUUUCAACUUGCUCCAUUCAUAUCUUAUUUAGCACAAGAGUGGUUCUCAGCAAUUUCCUGACCGUUUUGGUUUUUACUUUGUGACGAGAAAUCAGCCUCUUUCCCAGGCCAGUUCGCACUAUUCGAAAGAGCGAAAGAGGCUUGGAACCGAGCGCAAAUUCUCUUGACAAGCUUUACAGGUGAGGACGACUGGGAACGAGGCGCAGAAAAAGCUCUUGAUCGUGAAUGGCCGAAAAAAUCUCCCGCCAAUUUUCUUAACCAGUCACAAUAAACGCGCGAGUAUGCAAUUGGGCACGUGCGCUGAUUUAACGAACUUUUUAAUGGUAUUUAGUCUUUUACCCUGAAGAAGGCAGCAUUGCCGGAACGUUUGUCAACAGCGUCGAUUUUACAAUUUUCCAAUAAACAUUAAGUAACUACGCUGCGCAGGGAUUUUAAUCUUUAUUAAACAACAUUAUUAUUCAUCAAGUAAGCACACUGAUGAAACGUACACCUUAACGCUUUUUUCUGGAACAAAAAUUUAAGAUUUCCAUUUGCAGUUUCUCAAAAUGGGAAGGUGCAAAUCCUAUAGAAGUAUUCAGACCUUCUUGAUUGCCCAAAAAAUCUCCUUUCUAACCAACAGAUGAGACUACUGCUGCACCAACAACUGCUGAACCCACAGAUGCAUCGGGAGAUGGACCAACAACUGCUGCACCGACAACUGCUGCACCAACAACUGAACCCACAGAUGCACCAACAACUGCUGCACCAACAACUGAACCCACAGAUGCACCAACAACUGCUGCACCAACAACUGAACCCACAGAUGCACCAACAACUGCUGCACCGACAACUGAACCCACAGAUGCACCAACAACUGCUGCACCGACAACUGAACCCACAGACGCACCAACAACAGCUGCACCGACAACUGAACCCACAGAUGCACCAACAACUGCUGCACCGACAACUGAACCCACAGAUGCACCAACCACUGCUGCACCAACAACUGAACCCACAGAUGCACCAACAACUGCUGCACCAACAACUGAACCCACAGAUGCACCAACAACUGCUGCACCGACAACUGAACCCACAGAUGCACCGACAACUGCUGCACCGACAACUGAACCCACAGAUGCACCAACAACAGCUGCACCGACAACUGAACCCACAGACGCACCAACAACAGCUGCACCGACAACUGAACCCACAGAUGCACCAACAACUGCUGCACCAACAACUGAACCCACAGAUGCACCAACAACUGCUGCACCGACAACUGAACCCACAGAUGCACCAACAACUGCUGCACCGACAACUGAGCCCACAGAUGCACCAACAACUGCUGCACCAACAACUGAACCCACAGAUGCACCAACAACUGAACCCACAGAUGCACCAACAACUGCUGCACCAACAACUGAACCCACAGAUGCACCAACAACUGCUGCACCAACAACUGAACCCACAGAUGCACCAACAACAGCUGCAGCAACAACUACUGAACCCACAGAUGCACCGUCAACUUCUGAACCCACAGACGCACCAACAACUCCUUUAGAUGGUAAGUAAAACAGAGCUUUUACCAGGCCGAUAUUCCUUAUCCAGGGAUAGUUAUCAUGACAACUUGGAUGCUUCGUCUCCCCGUCUCUCUGUGUGUCACUGACUUCCUUUUUUCUGGAUAUCCGCUGUCAAUGUCCAGGUUUCGCAGGAGUACAACAUAACCGAGACAAACAGAAUAAAUUUGAGUAUCUUUGAGUUAAGAGAGAUAUACUUGUCGUUUCCAAGGUCUUCAGUCUCGUUAGUGCUGCUGUUGUGUGUGCAAUUCUGGACAGUACUUUAGGCUUGGAACCUUGAUCCGUGACCACUGCACCGAGGCCAACCUCGCCCAAUCGUCCGCCGUUGACCCGCAUGUCAAUUAUGAUUCCAUCUGUGUUGUUUGUCGUCAGUUUGGUCUCUGGUAAUUUCCAAAGGGUGAAUAGGUCUUUUUCACGGUGAUUCACCAAAGAGGCUAGUUCCUCCUCUUUUCCUGCCAAGCCAUCAAUGUUAUUGGCAAAACGUAAGUUGGUGAUUGUUCUGCCUCCGAUGUUAACUGUUCCUUUGUGAUCUUCCAGCGCUUCAGUCAUAAUUCUCUCGCGAAAGAUGUUAAAAAGAGUCCGUGAGAGCAGACAGCCUUGUCUGACUCCGACUGUGGUUCUGAACCAGUCUCCUAUUUCGCCAUUAAGGUAGACUGCACUCGUGGCCUUGCUGUAGAGGUUCUCUCUGACUCGGAUCAGGUUGGCGUUAAUGUUGAAAAGCGUAAUAGAAGAUCAAAGAGCUUUGUGCCAUACUCUAUCAAACGCCUUUUUAAAAUCAACAAAGACGUGAUAGAGGUAUUGUUGAUGUUGGAGGUACCUCUCACACGGUAUCCUAAGGUUGAAGAUCUGUUCUGUUGUACUGUGUCCUGCUAUGAAGCCUUCGUGUUCUCCCUCGGUGAUUGUUUCUGCCCGAGGCUUUAGCCUGUUUACGGUGCGACUAUUAUAACCGGGGCCACCUAAACAAAGUUGACCAACCGUAUUACAGGAAAACAACAUUAGAUUCCCAGAGAAAGUUAUCGAUCAUAAUCGAAAUCAACAACAUAGCACAUAUCGAAAUCAACCAAUUGCAACCUACAGACGGCACCUUAUGAGCCGACUGAAGAAAGUACAUGUUUCCCGAGAAGUCUGAGUAAAUAGAGACCUUAAGAUACCCCGAAAUCGGUGUACGGGUAACGGGUAGCGCCAUGUUUUUUUCAUUUUGUGGUGACGUCAUCGACCUUACCCGGUAGAAGCAGCCGUUUUUCCGGGGUAGACACCAGUUUACCAGUAGAAGAUUUACGAGUAGCUGCAAGUCCUACAAACAAACGAGUUUUUUAAGACCAACAAAUGUAAAUUGUAUGACUCCUUGGCAAUGUUAUUGCAAGUCUGCAAAUAUUUUUGCCAAAUUUGAAUUUUAGCUGUAAAGAAAACAAAAUUUAUUGAUUUUGGACCUCAAAUGUGCAGGUUGAACUCUGAAACGAUUUCAUCGAUCAUUUGGGGGAAUCUCGAACGUUUGAUUUCAAAGAAUAGCAAAAAAUUUAGCAUGGGAGUCACUGUUGAUCGAAAUCCUUGAUCAAAUGGCAAUUUGCGAUAACAAGCUUUCGGUCGAGGGACUUCAGACUUUCUAUGAUAUUUCAAUUUGUAUGAAUGAAUUAUUUGCCGACUUGUUGUUAAGAAAGAUUUUGUAUGCAUAAGCAUGUACAAAGUUAAUUUUGCGUGCUUGUUCUUCGGGUAUCUUAAUCGAAAUAGUCACGCACAUGAAGUUUUUACGACGGGUAAAUGACACCGAUAUCGGGGUAUCUUAAGGUCUCUAAUGACGCAGGGAAAACACGUAAACGUUAGUUAAAUUUUGGACUUGAGGUCGUGAUGUUAUUGCAAAGCGCGGGAAUGGUAGCGAAGAAAUAGAUGGUAGAUGACAAAAUAACAGCUUGUGUCAAACAAGUAUGCCUCCUGGGUGUUAUUUGUAAAGUUUUGACAGGAAAAAGAAAAAAAAAAUUAAAUCUUGUGCUUCGAGUAACUUAUUGUUUCUUUAUGAACUGCUGAUAGGCCCACAACCAACUUUCUUGGAAUGUACUGUUAUUUCCUGUAAUCUGAUUGAUCAACUUUGUCUAAGUGGCCCCGAUUACAGUAGUCGCAUUGUAACAGUACCUUUAGCAUGACUUUACUUGGGUGGUAUAUCGGGCCGAUUUUGCGAUAGUUCUUGCACUGAUUUAGGUUACCUUUCUUGGAAAGGUUAGUGAUCAGAGACUGGCUCCAUAGUAUGAACCAUUCUCCUGUCUGCCAGAUCUUAUGAGAGAUUUUAUAUAAGGCGUUUAUUACGGAAUCUCCUCCUGCUUGGACCAGCUUCGACCAUGUGGCUGGACAGUUCUGCACACUAUUCUCUACACCACUUAAGAAUGUCUGGGCUUCGGUAAGGCAAUUCCCGUUUUUGUCCUGUAUGGUGUUGGUUUAUCUAUGUUUUGUGCUAGUUGGAACUUUCAAUAGCUGAUAUAAUUUAAUGCUGUACCUUAACAAGAAAAAAAGGUCCCAGAAGCCUUGCAGCUCUUCAGGCCCCGGUUGUUCAAAUGUUGGAUAGCACUAUCCAUCGGAUAAAUCACUAUCCAGCGGAUAACUAUUUGGGAAACCAAUUGCGUUAACUGUUUGGGAAACCAAUUGCCUUAUCCACUGGAUAAAGAUUUAUCCAUCGGAUAGCGCUAUCCGCCUUAUGAACAACUGGGGCCAGAUCCUCUAAUUUUAAAAUUGGACCCAGAUUGCAUUGUUAACUUUGUUUGUUUAUUGGUUUUCCUACCGGUUGCAAACCAGUCCCGUGAGGCCUUCCGAGAGCUGCAAGAUCGCAAAAAGGGCCCUAAGACAACACCUUGCUCUAGUAGAAAUACUCAUAAUUGUUUUGUUUUGCAGGAUUGACUGUGGAGUGUACAAAAGACAAAAUGAUUGUUACACUGGAGUACGCACCAAUCGUCAAAAUUGACCUCGACAAAGUUACUCUAAAGGAUGAUGACUGCCAAUUGUCUGAAUACGGGUCUCUUAACGAUACACACUUAAUGAUGAAAACUCCGCUUGAUUCGUGCAAGACUAACUACACCGCCGGAGGAGACACAAUCACUUAUCAAAAUAGCCUGAUAGUUAAGAGCAGUGAUGAAGGCGGCGAAGACAGCGAAGGGAUUUCCAGAGAGUUUACCACAGAGUUUAUAUUCACAUGCUCCUAUCCCAGUUCCGCUUUGGUGUCUGUCGUUAACUUCUCUCCAAGCGAGAAAGUUAUCUACACCAAAACAGGUAAAGCACUUGAAAUUGUAUUUAAUACCUUGCUUAUAGAGGAAGUGAACUUAAAGUGGCUAUGUCACGAUGAUAUUCCUGUUUUUGGUCAAUAGGCCCUUUGCAGCUAGUGGUCACGUGCUUGGAUACCACCUAGCAACACGAAAUUCCGUGCUGAAAUCAUUGCUGAAAAUGCUCCUGUAAAGUUAUGAACUUCAUCAGGGAGCACAAACCAUAAUAAUUUUUUGGAGAUUUUUGGGGGCACAAAACUUGGAAAAGUUGGCCCAACUUUUUCUAGUUUCAAUCAAUGUCCAUCUUUGACAUCCUUUAAAACAGACGACAGGAAACAGUUUCAACACCUAAAUAUAGCGUUGAGUUACAAAUAUGGACCAAAAGUUUUGGAAGUCAACGUAUGCAAACAAAAGUUUUAGCUUUUAAAAAAGAUAGGAAAUAUCUUGACGUAGCUCUUAACUGUGUGCUCCAGAUAGUCUUCCAGUUCACAUAAUUUCAAAAGUACAUUACCAAGACCGAAAGAAAAUCUAGUUUGCGUGAGGUCAAACAAUUGGGUUAUUGUACUGAGAAAGAACUCCAGCUAUGGUUAGGUCACCCCUAGACAAGGGACUUUAAAAUCAGCUGUUUGGUGCCCUAACAAAGCGACCAAGACUUAAUGACAACUCAUAAAUUGUGCUUGUUACUGGCUCUCUUUGGAAAGGAGUAUAUCCACAGAUUCAAACAGUAGUAAACCCAAUUUUGCAAUAAAAAAGCUUUCAUUUGAUUGUUUACACUUCAGGAGUUUAUCCACAGACCUCAAGUACUGCUCAGUAGGUUAAUUUCCAAUCACAAUUCUUCACCAGAAGACACUUAAAGAGCAAGAACCACCUCUUUGGCUUUUGGCUUAGAAUUUAAAAGUACCUUAAAAAAUUAUUUAUUCUACUUGAAGACGAACUCCUUAUGAACUCUUUUUUGAGUGUAAUAAAAAGAAGGUAUAGGUAAAGAGUCUGUAUUUUACGUCGGUAGCUUAAAAUGGUCAUUGCCUGACUAACAAACCUGAGGGCAAGGGCGGGCUCAUUUUACCACCUCUCGCGGACAAAGCGUUUCCGUUCGAGUUACAGCUGUAGUUGAAAAAGUGGAGAAGAGGGCAAGAAAGAGGAAUGAAGGGGAGGGGGAGAAAAGGAAACUUCUUUACCCCUUCCCCUCCCCUUUCUUUCUUUCGUUUUUCUUUUUCGCUCUCGCUCAACUUUCGUAAACAUCUCGAUCAGAAACACUUGUUGUUCAGGCUAAGAGAUAACUGCCGUUAAGACUACCAGGGCGGGACUUUAACCUAGCUCAACCAAAUUGCCUCGCUUUCCAGUUUAUCAAUGAACUUAAAAAGGCUUUAGUACCUUUUACCUAAUGGUGAUCUAAGACGUUAUUUUUUUCAAUUUACAGUUGAGUAUGGUAACUUUACCUAUAUGAUGGACAUGUACGAGACGGAUCAGUACGAGACCCCAUACGACAGCUACCCUGUAAACUUGGACCUCAAUGACCCUAUGUACCUGCAGGUGAAAGUUGUGUCCAACGAUUCCCAGUUGGUGAUAAUUCCUAUAAAAUGUUGGGCUACUCCUGAGCCUGAACCAGAGGCUAGCGACUCUUAUACAUUCAUCAAAGACGGGUAAGCACUGCAACCGACUUUCAAGGGUCCUUUUCUUCUCAUCUAGUCUGCUUAGCGGCCGUUCUUUGUGUCGUCACGCAGCGCUACUUGAAACAACACAGAUUUAAGAAACAAUUUUCCUUACUUUACCCUAGAAAACAACAGACUAAAGGACUCCGGUAGUUGAAGCGAAAUGUCAUCAUUCAAAUGUCAUAUAGGUUUGGGUGUAACUACGCGAAAGAACGAAGUGGGUAAGGAGAAGAGGAAAGAAGUUACGGAUUGUUGUUACCUGUCUCGUCCCUCCCAUGUCUCCUUCCUGUCUCCUGUGACUCUUGCACUACCAACCGAAAUUAUAUCGCUAGCCCCGCUCUUCCCUCCCCUUUGCCCAUCACAAAGAAAACGCCCGUACGCUUUCUUCAUAGAAGAGGGCUAAGCUCCUGUUUUGUUUGCUUCACGUAGUUGCAACAGUGAUGAUACCCUGGUGUUUGACUACGACCAGAACGCUGUACAGAGAUUCACUUUAGACGCCUUCUACUUCCCUGCAUACACUAGCCCGGAUGAUGUCGUGUAUUUGCACUGUAACGUUCAAUCCUGCCGCAAGAAUGACAGUGAUUCGCGCUGUGCAGAGGGAUGUGUGAACAACGAAAUCAUGAAAAGAAAGAGGCGAGACCUGUUACGUAAUUCUUUACAGCAAACAAUCUCUGUUGGGCCCGUGAUAAAGAAAGAUCAAAGUGAUAAAUUGCAAAGCCGUAAGUAGUAUUUAAAGUCUUUUUAUGCCCUGUUGACACCACCGACACAACGAUACAUCAAGGAGUAGUUCAAACGAUGGAUAGCGCUAUCACUGACCACUGUCCAGCGGAUAAGUAUUAGGGACACUAAUUGCGCUAUCCACUGAAAUAGAUUUAUCCAGUGGAUAACAAGGGUGUCCAGUUUUUCCUCUUUAUGUCGGUAUGUCCGCUACAUGUUUAAACUGUCGUUAUGGUGCUCAUGUGAACUUGCUUUAUACCGUUCGUUUGGUGAUGUCAAACACUGCCUCUAACUCCCAAACCUUGGUCGCGUGUAUCACCUGUGUUUAGCCAGAAGCCCAUGAUACUGGCUCCUAGAUUAGCCCUGGUGAAAAUAAUAUGUCAAACACGACACGCAGUGUUUUCAUCCGAUAUGCAACCACCGUAGGCGAGAACAAGCCGCAGACGACCUUUUUUAGGUCUACCGACAUCUAAAAUAAACAAUGAUUUUAGUUAUAGUUCAGCUGGUUUUAUGUGAAUCGCCUUAGGGCCGGCGUUUUAAUUUCACGGCUAAAGGAGGUAUGUGGAACGUCUCAGCCGAUCCAAACAAAAUCGGUUCAUGAUCAUGUAUAAGACAUCGCUUACUUCACACUGAAAGUCAAAUAAUCACAUCACACGUAUCUCACUUGUUAUUAAAAGGUUUGUACAGCAGCACUUACGUUUAACCUUUGUUUCCUUUUCUGUCCAGAUAACGCCGCCGAAAGCGAGUCACUACCAGUAUUUGCUAUAGUUGCCGGUGUUUUGGCCCUCGCAGUAGUGGUUCUGGCUGUUGCCUUGGUGAUGUUGUACAAGCGCUACACCAAUACCCACAAUGUCGCAGAGUCUGUUUAAGCCCAACCGCGAGGGUAAACAACUGCGGAUCUGAAAGGACUGGUAGCUUUUUCGUUUACCGGCAUAUUCAACAGCUAUUUGAAGCUUUCUCUGCUUCUUUGUAUAUGCUUAGCAAUAAUAAGGAACUUAUAACCCAUAUUUGCAUUUUCGGCAGUGAACUGGACUAGCCUGAAGUCAAGGUUAAUGAUUUUCUCCCUGAGGCUCGACUGCAAGCUAGUUCCAGCUCAUUGCCAAGAAUAAUAAAAAAAAAAAAACGGAAAAUGGGUACCAACUUUCAGCGCAACAAUUUCCGUGAUCGUUUACGUGGACGAGCAUUAGUAAUAAACGGUCGAUUGCUUAGACUGGCGAACUCCAAACGAUCCAGAAAUCUUUGCGCCAAAAGCUUUCCCCUGUUUUCCCUGUGGGCCUAAGAGUGAUGAAUAUGGUGUAAACAACCAAGACGGCGACGGCAACGAGAAUGUCAAUAAACAAAAGCUUUAAUGAGCAAAGCAACAACACCGCACGUCAUCACACUUUUAUGAUACAUUCAGUCAAAUUUCCUUAUGCGAUGCUUCAUGCUGAGAGGUGACACACCACAAGGAUUAAUUUUGCCAUCGCUAAGCUUGAAUGUGGGCCCUGGCAAUUCAAGUCUAGAAGAAUUUCUGCAUUUGUAAAAUCGAGGGCGUAAGAAUAAUCGCCUCAAAAUUUUAUGUGAAUUAGUGACAUUUUCACCGCCGUCCCUUCUUGAGAAUGGCCGUUUGCUUUACACCACACUUAGUCCAAACCCACCUACCCCUGGAGUAAACACACAUUACCCGUAGGCUAGCACGUUUCUGAUUGUUUUCUUCAACUUUGCGGUUUUCGUUAAUAAAGACCUUAAGUUGCCCAACUCUCCUUUUCAAAAGAAGGCUAACUGUAAAAUCUUUGAAAAGAAAAUAGUUUUCUAUUGACACUCGAUAGAAACAUUUUCUGGCAUCGUAGAGUCGCCU